UGUGUAAUGAUCGUUCGCACAGACCACGGGUAGUUGGUGAAGCUGUUCGGUGUGUACGGUAUAUGCUUGUAUACAAAGUCUUGGAAGUAGGACAUACCGGCACACGAGUAUGGCGAAAUAACACUCAGAACACUUUUAAAAUUUCAGCCUCUUUAACACUCAGAUCCUCAGCCAUGGCCUCAGAGGACUGGGAUUCAGAGCUCCUGGAGGAGCCCCUGUUCAUCCUGGAGAGUGGCGAGGUGUACAGGAACCCCACGGAGGUCAAGAUGAGCCAGAUUGUGCUGCCUUGCCAUGCCAACCACUGCGGGGAGGUCAGUGUGGGCCAGCUGCUGAAGUGGAUGGACUCCACCGCCUGCCUCUCAGCUGAAAGGCAUGCUGGAUGCUCCUGUGUAACUGCCUCUGUUGAUGAUAUCCACUUUGAACACACCAUUGGUGUGGGCCAAGUUGUUCAUAUCAAAGCCAAAGUGAACAGGGCAUUCACAUCCAGCAUGGAGGUUGGUUUAGUGGUUAGCUGUGAGGACCUUUUCAGUGAUCAACAGUGUAAGGUGUGCCAUGCAUUUGCCACAUUUGUAGCACGACGGACAGAGGCGGGGAAGGUCCAGUUGAAGCAGGUCAUCCCGCACACGCAGGCUGAGCAGGUGGAGUAUAGCCUGGCGGCCGAGAGGAGGAGGAUGAGGCUCAUUCAUGCAGAGACCAUCAAUGAUCUCCUCAGCUGGAGCACAUCUCAGACAGGUCCCGAGUGUGAGGAGCACCAGCACGCUGUGGCAGCGGAACGCACCAGGGUGGAGAGUGUAGAGCUGGUGUUGCCACCCCAUGCCAACCACCAGGUCAGCACAUUCGGAGGGCAGAUAAUGGCCUGGAUGGAAAAUGUGGCCACCAUCGCCGCAAGCCGACUGUGUAACGCUCAUCCAACACUUAGAACAAUUGACAUGUUCCACUUUCGAGGCCCAUCUCACAUAGGUGACCGCUUGGUUUUGAAGGCAAUUGUCAACAACGCCUUCAAGAAAAGUAUGGAGGUAGGUGUGUGUGCUGAGGCCUAUCAAGGAGGUGAGCCACUACGCCACAUCAACAGUGCCUUCAUGACGUUUGAGGUGCUAGACAGUGACAAGAAACCGCGCACACUGCCCCGCAUUCGACCUGAACCAGUGGAUGGGAAGCGCCGGUUCCAGGAAGCCAUUGCCAGGAAGAAAAUUAGACUGGAUAGGAAGUACAUAAUUUCCUGCAAGCAUACUGAAGUGCCAUUAUCUGUUCCUUGGGACCCCAGUAAUCAGAUUUACCUCAGUUACAACAAUGUGUCUGCCUUAAAACUGUUGUCUGCUCGGAGCAACUGGGUAUUGUCUUCAGAAAAAAAAAAGGUGAGCUUGUAUACAUUAGAGGAGAACCAGAAGCUGUGUUUUAAGGUGGAGACACAUGUGAACGUACCAGCAGAACAAGUGUUUGUGCUUCUGUCCGAUCUGACGCGUAGGAAGGAGUGGGACAGGCAUUAUGAAGAGUGUGAGGUAAUAAACCAAGCCGAUGAGGAUGACACCAUCUACCGAGUGGUCACUCCCUCGGCCAGAAAGGGGGGCAAGGACCAAGACUUCAUUAUGCUGGCCUCACGGAGGCGUCCAUGUGACCCGAGCGAGCCUUACCUUAUUGCCCUGCGCUCGGUGACUCUGCCCACUCACCCACCAACUGAGAACUUAAACCGAGGAGAGAUUCUCUGUGCUGGUUUCACUAUUUCGGAAGAGUUGGACAACCUUACUAAGAUCUCCUACUACAACCAGGCCACUCCAGGAGUCUUACCUUACAUUUCAACUGAUAUCGCAGGACUUUCCUCAAAAUUCUCCAAUACCUUUUCCGCCUGCAGCGAGUUUCUAGAGAGGAACAGAGACAGCCUUGCCUCACAUUCCCCCUCUGAGCUUUGAAGGAACCGGGAUGGCUGGAGUCUCCACUUCUGUAAAAGAAGCUGAAGUCUCUGAGAUUCAUAACUCUUGCCUUCUUCAGAGCUGUCCUGACUGCUUUAGACUCUGGCAUAAACACUGUUGUUAGAUGCUUAUGAAUUCUCAUUUCAUGAUUGAUUAUUUAUUACACGUUAGUGGUAUCUGUCCUGACAUUUUCCUGAGAAUGUAGUAUUGUUAUGUUCAAAAACACCUUUGCAGAUGCCAGUUGGUUUAUUUUAUAACAGGUCAUUGUAAGGCAAUGUAACACAGGUUUCAUGCAGUGAUACUGUGUAGCAAUUCAUAGCACUUUACAGCAAUUACGGUAUCAAAAAUAAGACAUGCUUUUGUAAUGCCACAGGAGAUUACAUUAUUGUGAACUGGAUGCACGGGUUCAGUUCGUUACCACCAUCAACUCAUUCUAGGGUGCAACUGUGUAGUUUUUGGUGCCAUUAAAUUUUUUCUUUGUCCCACGGAAACGAUGACAUGAUGGGUAUGAUUUAAUUUGAUUACAAAAAACAGGCCUUGGCAUCCAAUUAAAUGCAAAGUUGUCAGUAAUCUUAAUAUGCACAAUCAAACACAAUACAUUGGAAUAUUGAGCAAGUCUGGUAUACUCAUUAUAUCAAUACUAAUAAUUAAGACAAUGUUGCAGGGCAAGAAGUAUUUUACAUUUUUGGCAAAAACUACAUAACAAUCCUUUAAAUAAGAUUUCCUUUCGGUUACAAAGUCAUCUUGGCUCUAGUAGGCAUUAGGUAAAUGGCACCAUUGCAUAUUAAGUAAAAGGCAAUACAGGUGUCAUUUUGCAUAUGAUAGAUUAUAUACAUAUGUACUGUAAGUGUUUGAUGUCUGUACAUGAAUGAGAACAUGAUGUGGAGUACUGGAAGAAAAGUCAUUUGGCAUUUGGAGAAGAAUUUUUUUAAGGACUUAAGUAAAAGAGAAUAUUAAAAAACACCCAGGUUUUUCUUUC